AUAAAACGUGCCUAUCCACUAAACCAUCUGCGGCAGGCAGUUCAGGGAAUCAACAAAAGCGGUCAGCGGCGGCAAACAUGGCGACUGAAAUCGACGAGCUCAUCGAGCAGCUGAAGACGACCAGCGUGAGUGCGGGCAACAGCAAGACGACGAACCUGCUGUGCGAGAUCUCGGCCACCAAGGACCCCAAGCUGUUCGAUAAGCAUGAGCUGGCCGACUGCUUCCUGGAGUUGACCCAAUGCGAGGACACGAACGUGCGCAAGGAGGCGGCCAAGUGCAUAGCGGAGAUCACCAAGUCGGAGGUGCAGCGCAAGAAGUUCACCAAACGCGACAUUAUCGCAGCCUUUUUGGAGUGCCUGCGGCAGGUGCCGACGCCGGACGGCAGCAUGGAGCUCCCCAUACAGAUCUGCAGGGCCUUGGGGAACAUAUGCUACCUGAAUGACGAGGCCCGGGACCUCAUACUGGAGCUGGAGGGGGAUGCGGUGCUGCUGCAGCUGCUCGACAUUGCCAGCAUCGAAGAUGUGGCCAAUGCGGCGCAGUUCAUCAAGGUGCGCGGAGGAUUGCUCUCGAACUAUCUGCUGGGUGGCGAGGGGCUGGCCAAGCGGGCCAUGGAACUGGGCGUGAUGAAGAAGCUGCAGGCGAUCAUCGCCACGGGCGCCUCGAAUGUGGAGGUGCACGAGGAUCUGCUGCUGAACACGCUGCCCCUGCUCAGCAUUCUCACGGAGAAUGUGGCGGACCUGAACUUCGAGGCGUCGCUCAACAUUCAAUUGUCGCGCAUUCUGGCCGCCUCGACCAACCCGGACCUGGCCGAGAUGUGCCUGGAACUGCUCCACUACCAGGCAGAGAGCGACGAGGUGAAGCUGCUGCUGGCCAAGGACGGGCUCUGCGAGACCAUCUACAAUCUGCUUGAGAAGUACAAGACUCUGGCCAGCACAAGCGAGGCCCGGGCCCUGAUGAAGCUCGCCUGCGAGCUGAUCGUUCUCAUUCUCACCGGCGAUGAAUCGAUGCACUAUCUGUACACGACAACGCUGCUCAAGAACAUGGUCGACUGGUUGGACUCGUCGGACAUUGAUCUGCUGACCACUGGGGUGCUGGCCCUGGGCAACUUUGCCCGCACCGACAGCCACUGCAUCUAUUUUGUGGAGCAGCAGACCAUGAACAAGCUGCUCGAGGUGCUGGCCAAGAACAAUGGCGUCAAGGACGAUGUCCGUCUGCAGCACGCACUGCUGAGUGCGUUGCGCAAUUUGGUCAUACCAAAGCCGAACAAAAAUGCGGUGAUCCAGGCGGGCCUGGUGCAGACCAUUCUGCCCAUGCUGGAGAUCCAUCAGCCACCUGUUGUGUUCAAGCUGCUAGGCACUCUCCGAAUGACUGUCGACGGGCAGGAGAAACUCGCCCUGGAGCUGCUGAAGAACAAGACGCUGAUCGAGCAGCUGGUGCACUGGAGCAAAUCGUCGGACUACGUGGGCGUCACCGGGGAGUCGCUGCGCCUGAUGGCCUGGCUCAUUAAGCAUGCGUAUCUCAGCAAGAUUGACUAUGCGCUGCCUCGCAAGGGCGACGCCCCGGCCGAGCAGAUAGCGGAAAAGAUUCCGCUCACCCAGGACUAUGAUCGCACCAGCCUGAGCGAGUUCCUGGCCAACGACGGCACUGUGGAGGCCAUGGUCAGCAUGCUGACCGCUCAGCACCUGGUGAUGCAGAACGAGGCGCUGAUUGCACUGUGCAUACUUUCCGUGGUCUAUCUGUCGCAGCCCCAUCAGGCGGGGCAGGACCAGGCGCAACGCCUGCAGGAUGAGCUGGUGAAGUACGAGGUGGGCAAGAAGCUGGCCGAGCUCAUCACCAAGUCGUCGGACAGCAUGACCAAGGAGAUUGUCGAGAAUCUCCAGAACUGUGUCAAUCUGCUCAAGUCUUCCGAGAAGCUGGUGGCCCAUCUGGAUCAGCAUAACAUCAACGAGCUGCUGAAAUCCAUACCCAUUCUCACCGAAUACUGCACCUUGUAAUACGAGACUGCAGACGGAGAAGGAGGGGCCGUGGCAUUGCAUUUACCCAAGCACCGCAGUAUGCCUAAUUUCAUAAGCACACACACCCACGAGUGUAGCAGAGAGGAAUGGAAAGGAAGGGGGAGCCCGGAGGAAGCACUGGUGUGUAGCAGUAGAGCAACGAUUCAGAUUUAGACUUGAUUGUAGAUUGGUAAGGAGCAUGGAAGGAUGGAAGGGCCCACAACAGCACACACCGCACAGAUUGAAAGGGGAAUGUAUUUUUUAGACGCAAGCGUAUUUUGACUGCAUUUACGACAGCAACCAACGAGGAGGAGUGGAGCCGCCAGUGGGGACGAUACAAAUCGUAUGAAUAUUUAUAAUAUACGAGUAUAUAACAUUUACAUAUAAAGAAAAGAAAGAAACAGUAAAAGAUAACAAUUAAUUCAUAAUUUAGCAUAUAAAUCUUUUCUGUUACAUGAUUUUUAAGAGCACAAUAACAACAAAUCGUGGUGAUAUCGCUAAAUAUAUUUAAUAAAAGUAUUUUAUGUAUUGUACUUAUAAUUUUAAUUCAACAUUUUAAACCGUCGUUUUGCUGGCGCACACACCAAAAAAAAACACACACAACAAACAAACAAACAAACGAUUUGCGAGCACAAUGUAGUUUUAGAUAUUUUAAUUGCAAAUCUCAAAGUAUUUCAACUGUACAACUCAGCGAAGUUCUCAAAUAACAUUUUAAAGGCAACUUUUAAACAUUAACAAAACAAAGUAACGGCAACUCAGUAACAAUCAGCAAUUCAGAAAAAAUAGUUGAAACCCCAAAAUAGAAAUAGAAAUAGAAAUAUGCAAAUUUUACAGAGUGUAGUCGUAGAAGAUAUAUUUCAAAUUUUUACCAAUUAUUAUAUGUAAUGUAAUGUACUUUGAACAAUUGUUUGGUCACCAAAAAUCUAAUCGAAAUUAAGGCAAAGUUUAAAGAGCACCAUUUAUGAGGGAAAAACCAUACAAGUAUGGUGUUUAUUAAGAGCGUUGAAGCCACACACACACUCCCAAAAGCAUAUUUAUAAAUUCUAAACACAAUAAUGUACAUUUAAUAAUUCAAAUAAAAUUUGAAGUUCAUGAGAAAUACGAGAAACAAA